UAUUUUCCAUUCACCAAUCAAACCAUUGCAAUAAGGUGCAUUGACCAACCUGCUGCUGCUGCUGAACCUAGCCAGCAGUGAACAAGUCAGUUAGUAGAUGUUUGCUUCCGCGUUUGUAUCUUUGAAGUAACUACCACCGCGAUGCAGUCGAAGUUGUUUUGCCACUCAUCUAACUAAAAUGGCGUCGCUGUUUAUCAAUUAGCUUGUUCUAUGUGUACAUUACUCAGUGAUCGUAUCCGAGUGAGUCAUAAACCAACAUAGCAAUGACAUUUUUAUAGCACAUAGUGAGAAUACGUUUCUAAAACGUUGUGUGUAGACUGACAAGUGUGAUUUGAGGAACAUAAUAAUGCGCGAAUUCAAAGUGGUCGUGUUGGGCUCGGGUGGGGUCGGAAAAAGUGCUUUGACUGUGCAGUUCGUGUCAGGAUGUUUCAUGGAGAAAUAUGACCCCACAAUAGAAGACUUCUAUAGGAAAGAAAUAGAAGUGGACAAUUCACCAUGUGUUUUAGAAAUAUUGGAUACCGCCGGCACGGAACAAUUCGCUUCAAUGCGAGACCUGUACAUAAAAAACGGACAAGGAUUCGUCGUAGUAUAUUCAUUAACGAAUCAUCAAACGUUUCAAGACAUCAAACCAAUGAAGGAAUUGAUAACUCGCGUGAAAGGAUCUGAGCGCGUGCCCAUUCUGUUGGUGGGCAACAAAGCCGACUUGGAGCACCAGCGCGAGGUGUCGAAUGCAGAGGGCUCGGCGCUCGCGCAGAUGUGGGGCUGCCCCUUUGUGGAGGCCUCCGCCAAGAGCCGCACCAAUGUUAACGAGAUGUUUGCCGAAAUUGUGCGUGAAAUGAACGUUAGCCCUGAAAAAGAAAAGAAAACUUAUUGUUGUUGUACAGUGCUUUAAUAUUUAGAGUGUAAUGUGGCAUUUAUUUCUCGUAAGACUGCAAAAGCGAGGCAGGAUUGUGCCUGCCUCCGCUCGACGGCCGAUCGCCUCCAGUGGGGAGCUCGGCGACGGCGCGCCGGCCCCGGCCGCUGGGGCUCCGGCGGUCGCGAUGCGCGUCAUAUCACAUUGUUAAUAUCGUUGAUACAUACCAUUGUCCAAUCAAGGUGCUUUACUUAUAUUUUCAUACUUUAUUACUGGUAGAUACUCCCGCAAUAUGGUUAUAACGUGAACAAAAAUCCUUAUUGGAAGCAUAAAUAGCUAUUCAAAUGCAAGUAAAACAAAGCUUGAUUUUGUUUGUGAUGAUAUUUUGCAGACACUAGCAACAGCCGUGUCUGUACCAGAAACAUGUAUUGUAAAGUAAUGUUAGUCAACUUUGUAUAUAUUAUAAUUUCAUGAGAUUAAUGAUGUUGAAGGGCAAGGACAAUUUAGAAAAUUAAAAAGCCAUCCAAUAUGCAAUAAACUAAUGAUUGUGUAGAGUGGUGUGCGAGAAUGAGUAAGAACUUACACCUAAGUGAUGUCGCAGAUUAUAUUUUAUUGUGUAAAUUAUGUUUAUAUGAAAAUCAGUAAUCAAGGAAAGCAGUAUGUUUUGUCAGUUGCGUGAUUGUGUUUUAAAGUCUACCAGGAUUUGUGAUAAUACAUAUAACAAAAUACCUAUAAUAAAAGUUUUAAGUGGGAGAUUGAAAA